AUGAAUACACCACAGCCCUCCGGACCUUACUACCAGAACCAAGGCACAGCAACACACCACAGCCCUCCGGACCUUACUACCAGAACCAAGGUACAGCAACACACCACAGCCCUCUGGACCUUACUACCAGAACCAAGGCACAGCAACACACCACAGCCCUCCGGACCUUACUACCAGAACCAAGGUACAGCAACACACCACAGCCCUCCAGACCUUACUACCAGAACCAAGGCACAGCAACACACCACAGCCCUCCGAACCUUACUACCAGAACCAAGGCAAAGAAUUACACCACAGCCCUCCGGACCUUACUACCAGAACCAAGGCACAGCAACACACUACAACCCUCUGGACCUUACUACCAGAACCAAGGCACAGCAACACACCACAGCCCUCCGGACCUUACUACCAGAACCAAGGCAAAUAAAUACACCACAGCCCUCCGGACCUUACUAUCAGAACCAAGGCAAAGAAUUACACCACAGCCCUCCGGACCUUACUACCAGAACCAAGGCACAGCAACACACCACAGCCCUCUGGACCUUACUACCAGAACCAAGGCACAGCAACACACCACAGCCCUCUGGACCUUACUACCAGAACCAAGGCAAAGAAUUACACCACAGCCCUCCGGACCUUACUACCAGAACCAAGGCACAGCAACACACCACAGCCCUCUGCACCUUACUACCAGAACCAAGGCACAGCAACACACCACAGCCCUCCGGACCUUACUAUCAGAACCAAGGCAAAGAAUUACACCACAGCCCUCCGGACCUUACUACCAGAACCAAGGCACAGCAACACACCACAGCCCUCCGGACCUUACUACCAGAACCAAGGCACAGCAACACACCACAGCCCUCUGGACCUCGGUGA